GCUAAGAAAACUGGCAGUGGAUGCAGGCUGGGAACGUCACCAACUGGUUUAUAAGGAAGUAAGCACCGUGAAGCAGCCACAUAUUUGCCUCCCUGUGCAGAGGACAGUGUUUCUCUCAUUAGACAGCAUGAGAGCCCUCGUCCUGUUAGCGUGCCUGUCAGUGGGCUGCCUCGCUCAGAGACCACAGAAAUGCACUUCCCCACCGCUGCUGACUGGAAGCCUUUCUGUGUCCACCGCAAGUGAAAAGCUGACGGCCUUCGCCAAGUACAGCUAUGAUGCACUGGGACAGCGCAUCCGCCUCAGACAGUUUGGAUCUUAUAAUAAUAAGACUUUCCACCUUGAUCUGCUUCUACUCUACAGACAGGGUGUUAUGUAUAAGAUUAACUACAGGAACCAGACAUGCUGCAAGAAGCCACUGGAUGUGGCCUUCCACCCACUGGCCAUCCCACAGAAUGCUUCCCUGCUGGGACAGGUGGUGCUGGGCAGCUCCUCUGGCCCAGGACAGGGAGUCCUGGUCAACAGCUGGGCAGGAGAGCUGCAGAUGAGGAAGGGAAAAGCAAAAUACAUGAGCACUGUCACUGAGUUUGGAUGCGUUCCUGUCAGCACUCUGUUUCAUACCAGCAGAAGUGGAUGGGUGGUGACCAGCUUCUUUAACAAUGUUAUCGGACUCUUGGACCCUGGACAGCUCAUCCCUCCAGCUUUCUGCAAGGGCGCACAGCUGGAGGCAAUGGACGGGGAGGAUCCAGUAAACUUCUAUAGUUUGUUUUAAAGCACAUUGCUGAAAUGUGGUGCACUGUGAUGACGACUACAUGACUCUUUGCACUGCAUGAUUACUUUUUUGGUGAAUAAGCUGUCUGUGGGUUAAAUUGAUGCCAUUUUUCAAUCAACAUUUAUCACUACAUUUACCGUGGGUUUAAUAUUCUCCUAUUUCUUAUGUAUAAACAACAGAUUGAGUGUCUUCACAUUAAGUCAUGUACUACAAAUACAUCUGAAGUGAUCAAUUAUACAUGCUAUAUCAUUUCACUUAUACUCUAACAAUAAAAUAAUCACACAGUGGAUGUCAAA